CGCCGCGCCGGGGAUGCGGCAGCCGCCGGGCAGCGCCGGGCCCCGCUCCCCAUGGCAUGCACCCGCCCAAGCCUGCCCGGUGUAGGAUUUUGGCAGAGCUGGCCAUGAUGUUAUGGUUCGUGGUGGGGGCCUUGUUCCCAGCGCUGCUCCUGGCUGCUCCCCCGCCCAUCAACAAGCUCGCCCUGUUCCCGGACAAGAGCGCCUGGUGCGAGGCCAAGAACAUCACCCAGAUCGUGGGGCACAGCGGCUGCGAGUCCAAAUCCAUCCAGAACAGGGCCUGUCUGGGACAGUGUUUCAGCUACAGCGUCCCCAACACCUUCCCCCAGUCCACAGAGUCCCUGGUUCACUGCGACUCCUGCAUGCCAGCCCAGUCCAUGUGGGAAAUUGUGACACUGGACUGCCCAGGCAACGAGGAGAUCCCCAGGGUGGACAAGCUGGUGGAGAAGAUCCUGCACUGCAGCUGCCAGGCCUGUGGGAAGGAGCCGAGCCACGAGGGAGCUCUGUUCAACGUGUACCUGAACGAGGAGAACAUGGCCCACGAGGGGCCCGCGCCCCACCACUACCCCCAGCACCAGCAGGAGCUGGAGGAGGCACCACCCUCCAGCCACCACCACCACGAGGAGGAGGGAGAGGAGUGACCCUGUGGACUGUCCUGGCAGGGCUGUGCAAGGGCCAGGGCCGGGUUUGGGGAGGGAGGGGGGUGCUGGAGUCUUUCCUGUCAAAUCGCUGCCCCCGGCAUCCCGGGAGGUUCCGAGGCGCAGGCAGGGCUGAGGCUGGAGCUGCAGGCUCAGACACGAGGGCUCAACCUUUCCUGAUGCAAAACUACUUGCACAUAAUAAUAAUAAUAUAUUGAGAGGAGUGGCACGAGGGGCUCUGGCUGGGAGCAGGGGCUGGGUCGGGCUCCCAGGGCUCUCUGCAGGCUCCCAGCCCUGGGGGGAGCCCUCUGAGUCCUGCUGAGUUUUCCUCAUCCCAGCGAGGAGGAAGAAGGGAAGCAGCCUCUCCACAGUCCCACAAGGGAUCCACAUCUCUCCUGGGGGGUGGGAUCAGCAGCACCCCUUCUGCCUCCUGUCCCUGCCUGCCCACAGGGCUCAGCGUGGACACGCUCCUGGCACCCCCUGAUCUCAGUCCAGCCCAACCCUUCAGAUCAGCUGGCUCCUGGGGAGGGUUUUCCCUCAGGAUGCCCCUCUGGGGCUCUGUGUGAGGGGACUGGGAGCUGUGGUGGUGACAACCCUUACCUUGCUGUCCCCAGGGCCACCACGUUCCGUUGCUCCCUGGGGAUGAGGGAUUUGGGUCAUCACUGCUGGGGCUUCACCUUUUGGGGCUGCAGAGCAAAGUCAAGAGCUGGGGGGGUCUGGGGGAGGUUCCACCCCUGUUCCCCCUCUCCCUGCUGCAUUUUCAUGGUGGUGGAGGGAGAAGGGGCUGAGGGCUGGAACAUCCCUGUGCAGGGGUUGCUCAGCCAGGGCUGGGGGUCGGGGUGGGCACGGCCUCUGCUGCCCCUCUCUCUCUGUUGUAUAAAGCUGAUUCCUUGGAGUUGUCCUGACAAGAGCUUCCAGAGCUUGUAAUCGAUGCCUCCCCCUCCUUUUGACAAGUUUUGGGGUUUUUUUUCUUAAAUAAAUUAGUUCUGAUUUCCACUGCUCA